CGGAAGGUCUUCUGACUGCGCCGGAUAUAGGCAGGAAAGCGCGAUUCUCGCGAGAACCGUCGGCUCCGCCCAGCCGCCCAGCGACGCCCUUGCCGCCAUGUUACUUGUGGGCAGGUGCCUGAGGUUGACGCCGGCUCCGCGCUUCUGCGUUUGGAGGAGACCAGACUCCGGCUCCGCCCGGGCUCGUGCCCGGUGGUCUGCGACCCUGUGUCCAUGACCAAGCCCUACGAGUGAUCUGCCUGCCGUCAGGUCCACCCGUGGGAAGGAGCAUCGGUGACCUGUCCACCCACAAAGCCAGAGUCCUGAAGAUUACUCCAGGGGGGAGAAAAAAGAAUGCCGCUCUUCUUCCGGAAGCGGAAACCCAGUGAAGAGGCUCGGAAACGCCUGGAGUAUCAGAUGUGUCUGGCAAAAGAAGCUGGGGCUGACGACAUUCUUGACAUCUCUAAAUGUGAGCUCUCAGAGAUUCCAUUUGGAGCUUUUGCAACAUGCAAAGUUCUACAGAAGAAGGUGUUGGUUGUCCACACGAAUCACCUCACCUCCCUGCUCCCUAAAUCCUGCAGCCUCCUGAGUCUCAUAACCAUCAAGGUUCUGGAUCUUCACGAUAAUCAGCUGUCAGCUCUUCCUGACGACAUAGGGCAGCUGACUGCCCUCCAGACCCUGUACGAUGGGCCCACCUGCUGUCCCGCCUCCUCUCCUGUCCCCUUCGCUCCCGGCAGUCAGCUCCUUCUGGCCUUCCUGCCCUACUGCGCAGGGCCUCUCCGUGCGGACCUCAGCUCUCCCUUCUGCCUGAGCGGCUCCUCCUCUGUCAGCCCAAACGUCCCUGAGAACCCUCCCAACCUCCCUGUCAAAGUAUUGAAUGUGGAAAGGAAUCAACUGACGUAUCUCCCACGUUCCAUUGGGAACCUGAUCCAGCUCCAGACCCUCAAUGUGAAAGAUAACAAGCUGAAGGAGCUUCCAGACACCCUGGGGGAACUUCGAAGCUUACGUACUCUCGACAUCAGCGAGAACGAGAUGCGGAGGUUACCACAGCUACUCGCGCAUGUUCGAGCCCUGGAAACUCUGAGCCUCGACGCCUCGUCCAUGGUUUACCCCCCGCAGGAGGUGUGCAGUGCCGGCACCCGGGCCAUUCAGCAGUUCCUCUGCAAAGAGUCAGGGCUGGAAUACUACCCUCCUUCUCAGUACUUGCUGCCGGUCCUGGAGCAGGACAGAGCCAACACUUCCCGGAACAGCCCUGAUGGACCCACGGACAGAUUCUCCCGGGAGGAGGUAGAGUGGCAGAAUAGGUUCUCAGACUAUGAGAAGAGGAAGGAACAGAAGAUGCUGGAGAAACUGGAGUUUGAACGGCGUCUGGAACUCGGGCAGCGAGAGCAUGCCCAGCUCCUUCAGCAGAGCAACAGUCAGAAGGACGAGAUCCUUCAGACGGUCAAGGAGGAGCAGUCCCGGCUGGAGCAGGGCCUGAGUGAGCGACAGCGCUGUCUGGACGCCGAGCGGCAGCGGCUGCAGGAGCAGCUGAAGCAGACGGAGCAGAACAUCUCCAACCGGAUCCAGAAACUCCUGCAGGAUAACCAGAGGCAAAAGAAAAGUUCUGAGAUCUUGAAGUCGUUGGAAAAUGAAAGAAUAAGGAUGGAACAGUUGAUGUCCAUAACCCAGGAGGAGACGGAGAACCUGCGGAGACGUGAGAUUGCCUCCGCCAUGCAGCAGAUGCUGACCGAGAGCUAUAAGAACCGGCUCAUCCAGAUGGCCUACGAGUCUCAGAGGCAGAGCUUGGUCCAGCAGGCCUGUUCCAGCAUGGCCGAAAUGGAUGAGCGGUUCCAGCAGAUUCUGUCAUGGCAGCAGAUGGAUCAGAACAAAGCCAUCAGCCAGAUCCUGCAGGAGAGCGCCAUGCAGAAGGCCGCGUUUGAGGCUCUCCAGGUGAAGAAAGACCUGAUGCACCGGCAGAUCAGGAACCAGAUUAAGUUAAUAGAAACUGAGUUAUUGCAGCUGACUCAGCUGGAGGUAAAGAGGAAGUCCCUGGACACAGAGGCACUGCAGGAGAUGAUCUCGGAGCAGCGCUGGGCCCUGAGCUCCCUGCUCCAGCAGCUGCUCAAGGAAAAGACGCGACGAGAGGAAGAGCUCCGGGAAAUUCUGACAGAGUUAGAAGCCAAAAGCGAAACCAAGCAGGAAAAUUAUUGGCUGAUUCAGUAUCAACGGCUUUUGAACCAGAAACCCCUGUCCUUGAAGUUGCAGGAGGAAGGCCUGGAGCGCCAGCUGGCGGCCCUCCUGGUGGAUCUGUCGGCGGAACACUACCUGCCUCUCUUCGCCCACCACCGCAUCUCACUGGACACGCUGAGCCGCAUGAGCCCUGCCGACCUGGCCAAGGUGGGCAUCUCGGAAGCUGGCCUGCAGCACGAGAUCCUGCGGAGGGUCCAGGAGCUGUUGGAUGCAGCCAGGAUCCAGCCAGAGCUGCUGAACCCACCCAAGGGUGAGGUCCUUGGGGCCCUGGAGGUGCCCACUGCCCCCGAGGAGCCGCCUGAGUCUGUGAGCCCGUCCGCUCCCCCGGCGGAGCUGGUGGUGCCGACCUCGGAAUGUGUCGUAUGCCUGGAACGGGAGGCCCAGAUGAUCUUCCUCAACUGCGGCCACGUCUGCUGCUGCCACCAAUGCUGCCAGCCGCUGCGCACGUGCCCGCUGUGCCGUCAGGAGGUCACGCAGCGCCUCCGGCUCUACCACAGCAGCUGAGCCCCGGGCUCCAGACCGGCACAGCCCCCCCCGCCCCGGGGCCCUCUCUCAUGGCCUGGGAGCUGCCCCCCGCCCCGUUCCUCUCCGAGCCCACCUGGGCGGGGGCGGGAGGGGGACCGGGUGCCCCUGGCCCUGCCGCCGCUCGUCCGACGGCUGUGGGGGACGCGAGGACUCCGAGGCGGAGGACGGCCUCGGGGGUUUGGAGAAGCAGCUGCGCCCCCGUCUAAGCACAGGACUGAGGGUCCUGGCCGCUGCCACUUCCCAGCAGUCUGACUGCGGCAGGUCACUGCCCUGCGGGAGCCUCGGCGUCCUCGUCAGGGUAACACGGACGGCGCUGUCCCCCUCAGUGGGGCGGUGGGAGUGCGGGAGGGCCCCGAGCGCGGAGCUGCUGCACGGAGGCCACCACGGGGCGCCACGGGCUGGCCUCACGUGGACUUGCCGGUGUGCCGAGUGCACGCCUUGUACCGCAAGCCACGCUCGCCCCUCCCGACCUCCCCCUCUGGGCCCCCUGCUCUCCAGACCUGUACCUCCUAACAGUCCACCCCCCCACCCCCACCCCCCACAGCUCACAGGCAGGCAACGGGCUUUGCCCACCCGAAGCAGGAAUGUCAAUAAAUCCACCUCCAGCCUGAUCCUGAGUCCUUGCUGGGGCCUGGUGGAGCCCGGGGACAGGGGAGGGCUGGGGGGACGGGGGUGGUCCGGGGGGAGGGCUUCACCUCAAUCAAAGGGAGGGAGAGGUGGGAGAGGUGGGAGAGGCAUUCUCCAAAUCUGCCCUCAUGACAGGUGGACAGACAGCUGGAGCAGGUCGUGCGGGGGGGCGGGGGCUGUGCGCUCCCUUACCGCUAUCCCGGAGAAGGGCCCAGGGCCUGGGAGCUGGGACAUGGCAGCGCUGGGGCUGGAGCCUGGAAGCCUCUGGACUCCUAAGCCCAUGCAGUUGUGCUGGUGGUUCAUUGCACAACGCUAACAGGAGCCAUGCUCCCUUGCACUUGAUCAGAGCUGCACGUUUAUUGCGUACGUUCGGGCAGAUGGUUUUGAACCAAGUGGAGCUUGCUUUGGGCUAGAGGUGGGUCUCUUUGGGGCCCCCGGGCUCUGCCUCCAGCUAACGCUGACCCUGGCCAGCCUUCCAGACUCCUUUCCCCGUCCAUGCAUUCAAUAAGGGACCUGACGGGGCCCUGACGCAGCCAGUAGCCACCAGGGGGCACUGAGUGCUCACACCAGGUGCAAUGCUGGAUGCCGGGGCCUGGCCUUGGAGUGGCAGAGAGCCGUCUGCCUUGCACCUCAGUGUCCCUAUCGGAUUGGGAGCAUCAACCCUGUAGGCUGAAAUGGGAUGGGAUGAAGGCCCCUUGUAAGUCCUUUCCAAGCAAGAGCUGGGGCCUCUUCCCACAGUCUCACCCCCUACCCCUGACUCCCCAGGAGCUCUGCCGCCUCCCUCCCUCAGCCCCAAACCUGGGCUCAGCCUUAGCCGAGGGAGAUGGAGACCUGGGCGGGCAGGGCCACAUAGGGCACAGCAUUUUGCGAAUCACCCAGGCUCCUCACUAGGCCCAGGGAGAAAGACUUUUAUGAGCGCCCAGCCCUGCUCUUGUAGAUGGAGCGAUUUGCCAAGGACCACAGCAAGACUGCAGCUGAAUGUCUGGUCUCCGGCCCCAAGGCCCCCGCCGUUCCUCACCUCAGCCCUUGUUGACCAGCCCUCAGCCACUGGCCACCAUGGAAGCCAACGUCCCUCAAGGUGACUGGCUGCCAUCCCACCCAGGACGCCUGUUUACACCCUUGGAUGGGACAACCCAUCCCUACCAGCUGUGUGUGUGUGCAUGUAUGUGUGCGUGUGUGUGCCCUGUAACCUCAGCCAGGGAUCCACAUCACCUUGGGCCUCAGUUUACACGGUGGUAAAAUGGCGGUAACGAGGGUGCUCUCCUUCUGGAGUGCUCAGCCCACAGCGAGUGCUCCGUGACUGCUGAGUGAGCAGGAGUCCCCCAAAAUGCCCACACCUCUGUGGACACCCCGGGGCUACUUGGCCUUAAAGCUGCUGCCAGCCCUCCUGGCCGAGCUGCCAUCAGGCUAGUCACCUGUGUGCCCUGCACCCCGUCUCUGGGGCGGUGUCCUCCGACCAGGCAUGGAGAGGGGGGUCAAACGAUGAGCCCAGAAAGUCAGGGGGCACUGCUGGUCCUAGACCGGCUCCGGCCCAGGUCUCCCACUGGCGGCACCACACGCAGGCCACUGGCUUUAAAUCAUUUAUUGAUUAGUAAAGCUUAAAGAGUUUGCAUAAUAUUUUCAGUACAAUAUCUGGGAAGGAUGAUUGGAGAAAACCCCAAGAGAAGGCACUAGAGGAGAGAUGUGAACACGGAACCUGGUGGUAGAAGGUUAGUGAGGCAUUUGAGAUUAGGGCUGGGGGGACCCGGAGGGUCCCUGAGCACCAGCCACCACCGCACGUCCUGGGGGUCUGAGGCCCCUGCCCUGGGAAGCGGAUCGAGGGGGCUGGGGAAGCCAGGGGAUCCCGGGCCCUGGGGAAGCGGCUCAACCCUCACUCCCAGAAACGAGCAGCUUUGGGAGGAGGAUAUCUAAGAAGGGAAUUUUUCAGGGGCCAAGCCACAGCCUGACCCUACAUCCUCAGAGGGGUCACCGGUGGUGCUUUGGGGAGCCAGACCCAGCUUCCCUGAUGGACAGUGCGUACCUUGGAGGUGGCCCUCGGAAGACAGAAUCUAUACCCCCAAACCCCACCUCUUGAGCGGCCUGCCACCCCUCCGUCCCAGCCCGGAGUGUGUCGCCACAGGACGGGCAGGGGCAACAGAGGGACUCCCGGAGGCUGGGUGCUAACAGGUAGGAGCUGGGCUGGGGCGGGGGCGGGGGUGGGGAAUGUAAAGCCUGCUUCAGCUUCCAGAGCCUUCCCUGGGCCACCUCAGCCUGCUCUGAAGACACUCCCAGCAAUACCUCCCCUCAGCUCACCCCCUCCCUCCCGCUCUUGGAACACUUCCUCUCCACAGACUAGCACAUUCUGGGCCUUUCUCAUUCCAACCCCGGCCCCUCACCCCUCCUCCAGGAGGCAUCCCUAGCCUGGCUACAGCCUGAGACCCCUCUGUGCGCCUCCCCUCACCCACAGCAGGCAAAGCGAGGCCAGUGUCCACUCCAAACCUGGCCUCUGGAGGCCCAGCCAGGAUUGAGGAGGACAGUGGUCUGGACAGAGCUGGGCUUCAAUGCUCCAUGCUUCUGGUUCCAAUGGGCCCCCUCCACCAGUGAGAAGGGAGAGAAUUCAGUGGCCGAAUAACCCAGCGAACAACUCUACAUCGGUCUUACUGAGGAGGAGGGUGAGACCCCCAUGAGAGAAACUGACCCCAGAAAGCAGGAAGGGAGGACCCAGGGAACCGGCGGCCACCAAGGUACUCACUCCUCAGCCCCCUCGGCUGGCCCAGCUCCCAGCACAAGCAGGAAGCCCCAGAUCAUCCCACAGAAGAGAAAACGGAGCAAAGUGUGACCAAACCCAAUAAAGUGACUCAGGUGGGCCAGCCCCAGAGGUGCCACACCAGCCCUCCCCUACCUCCACCCCGAGGCCUAGAUCUGGGGCUCCCCGGCUGGAGCCAAGCCUGUCAGUGUCUUGCAGGGGGUGGCCCGUGUGCCAUGUCCAGCAGAAGCUCGGGGGUAACAGGCCUAGAACUCCGUCUGUACCCCUGCGCUGUCCUCGGUGGUGGUGUGGAUGGGGGGGCGGCCACCAGGGCUGGACACCUGCUCCCCGGUCUCCUGGUCACUAGGUUUGGGAAGCUCAAGGUCCACAGCCUUUCCAGGAGGGAGUUGCCGGAGGGGUGAGGCGGGCGGCGAGGAGGCCUCAGGGGCUGCCGCGGGCUGGGGGCUCUCCUGGGAGGGGGCCCCGUUGAGCAGAGGGCCAGCCGGCGGGGGGCUCUCAGCCCGCAGAUCCCGGGCCAGCAGGCCACGGAGCUCAGUGACACUGUCCUGGGACGCAGGUGAUAGGGGCUCAGGACCGGCCUCGAACGGCAGCCCUGCCUCCUCGUCCUGGACCACAGACACCACCUGCUUGGCACGCCGUCGCUUUUCUGAAUGGGUGGCUGCUUCUGGGACGCUGGGGCUGCCGCCGUCCCCCCCGCUGCCACCGUACUCCUCACCCCAGUCGAUAGGCGCGCCCUCGGCCAGCAGGUGCAAGUUGGGGUCGCUGUUGUGCAUGA